CGUUAUUUCUGCGCUUCAAUGGCUGUCCUCCUGCAGACACACCGAGGAUUUGUGAUCCACGCGUGGAAGAAUGACUCAUCUCAUGCUACAUGCACGGCUAUUUUGACUGCAUGUUUGAUUCAGAUAAAGGCUGCAUUUCUUCUCUAAUGCCGGGAAUUAUUUCCAGCUUUAUUCGACCUCAAACAAGAUAACCUCAAGCUGGAGGAGACUGCUGUCUGUUUGACAGCCCUCAAGUGCAUCUUGAUUUCUUAUAUAUAUCUUCUGUAUGUAGGACUAAAUCUAAAUCCUAACUUAUUUUAUUUCGUCUACAAUCGCUGGAGCAACAUUUAAGUCUGUUUGUUAUAAUAAUAAUAGUUGCAAGUCCAGUUUUUAAAGGCGUCUCGGACAGCUCGUCCUUUGCAAACUGAAUCCGGAUCGACGCCGCUUCGUUAAAACCCAAUAGCAGCGUCUACAUUGAACUUUUCUUUCGUUCAGCAUUUCAGACUCAGAUGCACACAGCGCCUGUAUGGGAGUGAAACUCUCCCACACGGAAGUGACUCCCUCACGUUAGGCCAGUGAUCGUUUGUGUUUUUCUAAGUGAAGUUGUAUUAACUUAAAAUGAUUCCUGACAAGGCACCAGGCGAGGAUGUGUUACAUGCUUCAGGGGACUUGAAGAAAGAAGCGCACAUCCCCAGCUUUGAGAAGUACAAAGAGCUCUACAUCAGAUCUGUCGAGUCUCCUGAGGAGUUCUGGGGAGAUGUUGCCAAAGAUUUUUUCUGGAAGACUAAAUACACCGGGAAGUUUCUGGACUACAAUUUCGACGUAACCAAGGGUGAAAUUUUCGUGAAAUGCAUGGAAGGUGCCACAACCAACAUCUGCUAUAAUGUUUUGGACCGCAACAUCUAUGAGAGGAAACUAGGUGACAAAGUGGCUUUUUACUGGGAGGGUAAUGAACCUGGAGAUGAAAAGACAGUGACAUACAGAGAACUGCUUCAGCAAGUCUGCAAGUUUGCCAAUGUUCUCAAGUCGCAAGGCGUGAAGAAAGGUGAUCGUGUAUCUAUUUACAUGCCCAUGGUGGUGGAGCUGGUGGUGGCCAUGUUGGCCUGCGCUCGGAUUGGAGCGGUCCACUCUAUAGUGUUUGCCGGUUUCUCCGCUGAGUCAUUGUGUGAAAGGAUCAUGGACUCUCAAUGCUGUAUUCUUAUAACGGCAGAUGGCUUUUACCGUGGUGAUAAGCUGAUCAAUCUGAAGCUUAUAGCUGACGAGGCGCUACAGAAAUGCAGGGACAAGUCUUUCACAGUGGAGAAAUGUAUAAUGCUAAAACACCUCACAAAAGAAGAUGAGGCUUGGUCUGGGUCGCUGUCGCCCCCAGCGAAACGCUCCUGCCCUGAUCUGCAGCAGGAGAAACAGAAAGAAAGAGUAAGGAAGGUCCGUCCCCCCCCACAGGUGCCGUGGAAUCCUGAGAUUGAUUUGUGUUGGCACUCUCUGAUUGGUGGAGCAUCAGAGGAGUGUGAGCCUGUCUGGUGUGAUUCAGAAGACCCGCUCUUCAUCCUCUACACCAGCGGCUCUACUGGGAAACCUAAGGGUGUAUUGCAUACAGUGAGUGGCUACAUGCUUUACACUGCGGCCACCUUUAAGAUGGUGUUUGAUUAUCACUCUGAUGAUGUGUACUGGUGCACUGCAGACAUUGGUUGGAUCACCGGUCACUCAUACAUCACAUAUGGGCCGUUGGCCAAUGGUGCGACCAGUGUGUUGUUUGAGGGUCUUCCCACAUACCCGGAUGUGAGCCGAAUGUGGGAGAUUGUUGAUAAAUAUCACAUCUCCAAGUUCUACACAGCACCCACCGCCAUCCGGCUCUUGAUGAAGUAUGGCAGCGAGCCCGUUCAGAAGUAUAAGCGGAGCUCGCUGAAGAUUUUGGGGACCGUAGGGGAGCCCAUAAACCCAGAAGCUUGGCAGUGGUACUACAGCGUGGUGGGAGAGAAGAGAUGUCCGGUGGUGGACACCUUCUGGCAGACUGAGACGGGUGGGCAUGUGAUGACCCCUCUGCCGGCCGCUACUCCCAUGAAGCCUGGCUCUGCUACAUUUCCCUUUUUUGGGGUUGUACCUGCUAUUCUGAAUGAGUCAGGGGAGGAACUUGAAGGACCAAGUGAGGGCUAUCUGGUGUUUAAACAGCCUUGGCCAGGUGUGAUGAGAACUGUGUACGGGAACCACGAAAGGUUCGAAACCACCUACUUCAAGAAAUUCCCUGGAUACUACGUGACUGGAGAUGGUUGUCGUAGAGAUAAGGACGGGUACUACUGGAUCACCGGAAGGAUAGAUGACAUGUUGAAUGUGUCUGGGCACUUACUAAGCACUGCAGAGGUGGAGUCGGCUCUGGUGGAGCAUGAAGCUGUGGCUGAGGCAGCGGUUGUGGGGCGGCCACACCCUGUUAAAGGCGAGAGUCUUUACUGUUUUGUCACCCUCAAUGACGGAAUCAACUACAACCAAAAGCUGGAGGGGGAGCUUAAAAAGCAAGUGAGAGAGAAGAUUGGUGCCAUAGCUACACCUGACUUCAUUCAGAAUGCACCCAGCCUUCCAAAAACCAGAUCAGGUAAGAUUAUGCGUCGUGUCUUGCGGAAGAUAGCGUGUAAUGAGCGGGAUUUGGGUGAUGUGUCUACGCUAGCAGACAGCUCUGUCAUUGAACAACUGUUUGAGAACCGCUGCUGUACUGCUGUGUGACCACCAGGGGCACCCAACACAACGCCACUGUCUGGCCCCCAUACCAGCUUCAGUUUUGGAGGGAAGAGGAUGAGUCUGAGCUAUAAUGGAGUUUAGGAUAAUGCUAGUGGGCAGACAGAA